AUGAAGUUCGUUUCGGCUCUGAUCAUGCUCUCCAUGGCAGCCAUGGGUCUUGCUUGCUCGUCGGAGCAAGACUGCUGCUGGAGCACCAAGGAGGCUUGUUACCGCCAGCACGGCAUCACCACUUCGUCCAGAUGCGAGAAGGCCAGCUACGAGGACGACCUCUGCUACAACCACGGUGUCUACCUUGUUGACUGUGACGCGGAUUGCUGUUCCAUCAGCAAGAAGAUUGGAAUUGCUUGCCCGUAA